CCCUUACACCUGUUCUUUCGUUCUAAUUACUCGAAGAGACGACGAUCUGCAUGGGACGCCCAACAGCUCGCUGAGCUGACAUGAUCACCAUGAGGCCGCACCUGUUCUCCGGACUGCUGGUGCUGCUGAGCAUCCUGCCAUGGACCGCCGUCGCCCUGAUCGGCCUCGGCCAGCAAAUGUACUACCCGGCGUGCGGAUACGCCUGCGUGAACGCCCUCUCGACCUUCCCCUUGUCGUGUUCGACCCAUGACCAUCAUCACGCGGGGGGCGACGACGACUCGGAGAUGGACAUGGACAUGUCGAGUAUGGUGACGACGUCGCCGGCCUGCCGGGCCGGGGACCGGGCCUACCUGACGACGCUGGCCUGGUGCAUGCACACCAGGUGCACCGAUGACGCGGGCGCCGUACCCGCCUGGGACCUGGAGAAGUUCUGGGCCGAGCAGGCCACCACAGACCCGGCCGUCGCCCCCGAAUGGACCUACGGCGACGCCCUCGCCAACGUCUCCGACCGCCCGCCGACCAAGGAGAUCGCCGACGGCGACACGCUCAACGCCACCGCGCUGGUGCCCGAGGACGCCUGGACGAUCCAGUAUGGGACCAUGACCACCAUGGAGUUUGUCGAGACGAUGCAUGAGAGAUACGGCGUCGCCAUCGUCCUCGUCGGUUUCGGCACCCCGAUUCUGUUCACCGCCCUCCGCUACCUCCCCUACAUGAACCGCCUUCUCGACCGCCUGAAGCCCUACGCCGUCUACCCGGCCAUCUGGGGCGGGCGCCAGGUGCGGCCGCUGCCCUACCAGCUGGGCAACCCCCCGACCGUGGGGCAGGCGCUGUACGUGACGGUGCUGCUGGUGCUCAACGUGGUGCUGACGGCCGUGUCGUACCGCUCCUUCCAGCCGAGCGCCUGGUACGCCGACCGGUACCAGGAGGUCAUGGUCUGGGUCAUGUACCGCACGGGCGUGCUGGCCUUCGCCCUGCUGCCGCUCGCCCUCCUGCUGGCCGGCCGCAACAACGUGCUGCUCUGGCUGAGCGACUGGUCCCACGCGACCUACGUGCUGCUGCACCGCUGGGUCGCCCGCCUCUUCGCCCUCCAGGCCUUGCUGCACUCCCUCCUCGCCCUCGUCCUCUACGACCGCACCGGCCUCUACCGGGGCGAGACGACCAAGCCCUGGUGGGUCUGGGGCGCCGUCGCCACCGUCGCCGCCAGCGUCAUGCUCGUCGCCAGCGGCCUGUACGUGCGCCGCUGGUCCUACGAGAUCUUCCUCGUCUCCCACGUGCUUCUCGCCGUCUUCGUCAUCGUCGGCUGUUGGUAUCACGUCGAGCUGAGGUUCAUGAGGAUGUUUGGCUACGAGCAGUGGUAUGUGUCCUCUCUCUCUCUCUCUCUCUCUCUCUCUCUCUCCCCCCCCUCCCUCCCUCCCUUACAAGCUGCCCAAAGAAUUGGUUAGCCUGUGCGACCCAAGUUCA